CAAAAUACUUAAUCAAAUUAUUUUAGUUUCAUAUAAAUUUUCUUCCCAAUUGACAAUGGAGAAAUUGUUUCUAGACAGCAGAGAUUAGAGAGUUGUUUCCAGAAGCGUCGUAGUAAAUAGUAGUAGAUAAAUUUUGGGUGUAACAGCACAACAUACGCAUUAUGUGAGGUUCAUCAGCAGGGCAGUGCAGAACCACAUAUUCUUUGUCAUCUGUCGUAAAUACAGCCAUUGAAAUCAAUGGAUGAAAACACAAACCCUAAAAAAUCAAUCAUCAAUAAGAAAUUACCAUUGCAGACGGAAACAAAAGGAUCGCAAGAAAUCUUCAUCAGUGCUGGCUACUGGUUAGUGGUCGAGUAAAAAUCUGACGCGCAAAUGACUGGCAAAUUAAUGCACGCGGUACAGUAUUCUGGCUAUGGUGGUGGAGCUCAGGCCUUAAAGCAUGUUGAGGUUGCUCUUCUGGAACCAAAGGCUGAUGAGGUCCUGCUAAAAGUUGAGGCAGCUUCUUUGAACCCAAUUGAUUGGAAAAUACAGAAGGGCAUGCUUCGGCCCUUGUUACCUCGGAAGUUCCCUACUAUACCAGGAAGUGAUGUUGCUGGGGAGGUAGUCCAGGCUGGAUCUGGUGUGAAGAACCUUAAAAUUGGGGACAAGGUCGUGGCCUAUGCUGCUUGGGGUGCACUGGCUGAGUAUACUAUUGCGAAAGAGAAACUGACAGUUGUAAGACCUCCUGAAGUAUCAGCGCCCGAAGGUGCAGCUCUACCGGUUGCUGCCCUUACUGCUCACAAGGCUCUUACCGAGUUUGCCAACAUCAAGCUUGAUGGAAGUGGAGAAAGGAAGAACAUUUUGGUCACAGCCGCAUCAGGAGGCGUUGGCCAUUAUGCAGUGCAGUUGGCAAAACUUGGAAAUACACAUGUAACAGCGACAUGUGGGGCUCGCAACCUAGAUUUUGUGAAGGGCUUAGGUGCCGAUGAGGUCCUUGACUAUAAGACCCAGGAAGGAGCUUCCUUGAAAAGCCCGUCAGGAAAGAAAUACGAUUAUGUGAUCCACGGUGCAACAGGAAUUCCUUGGGCGACAUUUGAGCCCAAUCUGACUGAAGGAGGUAAGGUGAUCGAUUUGACUCCAGGCCCGAGUGCUAUGCUUACAUUUGCUAUGAAGAUGCUGACAUUCUCCAAGAAACAGCUAGUUCCUCUGCUUCUGAUACCAAAGAAAGAGAACUUAGAAUAUAUUGUGAAUUUGGUUAAGGAAGGGAAGCUUAAAUCAGUGAUAGACUCGAAACAUCCCUUGAACGAAGCUGAAGUUGGUUGGGAGAGGAUAAUGAGUGGACAUGCUACAGGGAAGAUUGUAAUAGAGUGUUGAAUAGAAAUUAUCCAGAUGCUACAGUUUGCAUGAAGAUUAUAAACUUUCAAGUACUUCUAUAUAAAACUAGUUGCUGCAGUCAUAGUUUUCUUCUGCUUGGGUGAAUGGUUUUUUUGAGGGGAUACUUAAUAGGUUUUGUGCUAUUGUUGUUUCUGCAAAUCUAGCUUGUAUACUUGUAAUUGUACAUUUUGUGAUAAUUAAUGAUUAACAUUAUGUAUACAUGUAAUUUUCGUGCCUAUGGUGAAAUUUGGGUCAUCAUUUGCA